CGGCGCGAGGCGGAGUUUGCAAGCAAGAUGGCGCCGGCGGUGCGGGGGCUGAAGAGCUUGGUGUGGCAGAAACUAAAGUCAUCCAUAUUUGAUGACUGCAGGAAAGAGGAGGAAUGGAAGAUCAUUCUUUUAGAUGAUUACACUACUAAAUUACUGUCACUGUGCUGCAGAAUGACUGAUCUACUGUCAGAGGGUAUCACAGUGGUGGAGAACGUAUAUAAAAACCGUGAGCCUGUCCCACACAUGAAAGCAAUAUAUUUCAUAACUCCCACCAAAAAGUCUGUAGAUGGGCUUAUUGAUGACUUCAUCACUAGAUCAUCCAGCAGAUACAAAGCAGCAUAUGUGUAUUUCACUGACUUUUGUCCUGACAACCUCUUCAAUAAAAUUAAGUCUUCCUGUGCAAAAUCAAUAAGGAGAUGCAAGGAGAUCAACAUUUCCUUCUUCCCAUGUGAGUCUCAGGUAUUUACUCUCAAUGUCCCAGAUGCAUUCUACCGCUGUUAUAGUCCAACUCUGGAAAAGACAAAGGAUAAAGAUGCUGUAAUGCAAGUAAUGGCUGAACAAAUUGUUACCUUAUGUGCCACACUAGAUGAGAAUCCAGGAGUACGAUACAAAAGUGGACCAUCUGAUAAAGCCAGCAAACUUGCACAGCUUGUUGAAAAAAAUCUUGAAAACUACUACAAAACUGAUGAGAAAAGCCAAAUAAAGGCUAAAACUCACUCCCAGCUAAUAAUAAUUGAUCGUGGCUUUGACCCAGUAUCAACUGUACUUCAUGAACUCACCUUCCAGGCAAUGGCAUAUGAUCUGCUACCAAUUGAAAACGAUACUUACAAAUACAAAACAGAAGGACCUGCUGGGAAGGAACGGGAGGCAAUUCUGGAGGAAGAUGAUGAGCUGUGGGUGAAGAUUCGGCACAAGCAUAUUGCAGACGUGAUAGAGGAAAUACCAAAGCUCUUGAAAAAAGUUUCAUCAAAAAGAAAAGAAACAGAAGGAAAAUUAUCAAUAUCUGCUCUGGCCCAGUUAAUGAAAACGAUGCCGCGCUAUCGUAAAGAGUUGAGUAGGCAAGUUGUCCAUCUUAAUUUAGCAGAAGAAUGCAUGAGAAAGUUCAAAUCUAACAUAGAAGAGCUCUGUAAAACUGAACAGGACUUGGCUCUUGGAACUGAUGCAGAAGGUCAGAAAGUGAAAGACUCAAUGAGAGUCCUCCUUCCAGUUCUGCUCAACAAAAGUCAUGAGAGCUAUGACAAAAUUAGAGCUAUUCUCCUGUAUAUCUUCAGCACAAAUGGAACUACCCAGGAGAACUUGGACAAGCUGAUCCAGAAUGUACAAAUAGAAAGUGAUAGUGAUAUGAUAAGAAACUGGAAAUACCUUGAUGUUCCUGUUAUCUCUUCAUCUGCUGCUCAGCAGCAUAAACACCCAAGAAGGGACCGUUCGUCAGAAGAAACUUUUCAACUUUCUAGGUGGACGCCUGUUAUCAAAGAUGUUAUGGAGGAUGCUAUAGAAAACAAACUAGAUUCAAAAGACUGGCCUUAUUGUUCCCAGUGUCCUCCUACCUGGAGUGGUUCAGGAGCAGUAAGUGCACGCCAGAAACCUAAAGCUAGUUAUCAAGAUGAGCGAAAGAGUAGUGCAAGAUUGAUUGUAUUUGUGAUUGGAGGAAUUACAUACUCUGAAAUGCGCAGUGCUUAUGAAGUUUCUCAAGCCUACAAGUCCUGUGAAGUUGUUAUUGGUUCUACUCAUAUUUUGACACCUAAAAGACUACUGGAUGAAGUGAAGAGCCUUAGUAAACCAAAGGAUAUGGUCUGCAUUAAGGAUGAAUAGAAAUGGUGAUGUUUAUUAUGCAUUAGGAAAAGACAAAUAGGUCUUCUGAGCUACCUUUUUCUAGAUUGAGAUUUGUUUUAUCAAGAUGAAGAAUGGGAAAGAGUUGUAUCAAGAUAAAUGUCUCCCACCAAAACCUAAUAUUUUAGAGUACAUGUACAAGUGUCUUGUGCUGUGCUAAGCAGUAACAUCUGUUAAAACUACAGAACAAUCUUCAUGCUGCCGAGAUGUGCUGCUGAGAUGCAUUUUUUAACAAGAUUCAAUAGCGGUUAUAAGCACAGUUCUCACUUUUGUAUGACAUCACUACUUACUCAGGCAUACAGUGUCAUCAAAUUCUUUUGGAAAAUGUUCCACCCAUUCAUGAAAAUGAUGAUCAGAAGACUCUUUAAAUGACAGAGGAAAAAAAUGGAAGCUAGGUGAGUUUUACUAGACAGAUGUUAAUAUCUACUCUAAAAUAAUGAGAGUAUAUUUAGAUGAAUAUUAAUGUGUUCUAUACUGCAUGUCCUAUAAGAUCUAGCUUUGGAUGGAGAUUUAAUUUGCCAAAAUUUCAAACUCCAAGAUAUCUCACAUAGGAUUAUUUUAUGAUGCUGACAUUUCUGUAAAUGAAACUUUACAGAUAGACCCUUACAGUUGAAAUAUAUGCAGAUGUAUCGCUAUGCUGUCCUUCCAGGCCUACCAGAUUAGGUCAUGACAGUGAUCAUUCUAAAUAUUUUUUCAUUGCUGAACACUUUGCAGUCAUCCCAAUUUGGGAUGCUGACAUGCAUUGCUGAAUAGAGAACAAAGACAAAACCUCUUCUGUUAAUGCGCUAUUAAAAUAACUCUGUGCCAUUUAAGCACCGUAAACCUUAUACUGGUCCAAUGAGGUGGCCUACUUUGUAAUAUGAAUAUAAUCCUCUCUCUAAUAAAACUGAUGGGAGUUUUGCCAUUUCUCCCAUGGUCUGGUAUAUCGCAUACCUUAUGUGAUUAACUGGUGAUAAAUUUGAAAACAGAUCAUCCUCUCAUGUAUUAAAGACAUUAUUCAGUGUUUCAUGCAGAGUCCAGUAUAGAAGCAUAUCAGUGUACAUGCAUGUACCUGUUCACUUGGGUGUAGAAAACCACGUCUAUGAGCAGCCAAAAUAUGUAAUACACUUACCCUUUCAUACUUUCUUCAUCAGCAUUAAAUUUUGGACUUAAUGUACCCUGGCUGUGGGAUGAAAGGCCUUCAGCAGCAUAUUUUUCCUCAGGAAAAAGGAAUCUCUGUUGUACCCAGAAGGCAAAAGGAAUUUAUAUAUGAUUGUUUAUGUUACUGUGUAUCUUUAACUGUACUACACAGCAAACAGGAUAGUGUAAACAGUGGCAUAAUUUACAUAUCACUUCUAUAUUGCCUUUAGUUGCCAUCAACUCUACAAUUUGAUUUACCUAUUUACAAUUGUAACUGUGGAGCAGGCUGGAUAAAAUAAGAACAGAUAUUCAGCUGUGAAGCCGGAAUUCAAGACAGGUUUUUAUGUUGCUUUAAGAAGGAUUAGCACGUUAAUUAAUUUCUCUCAAUGCCUUAAAAUCAAGUAUUUUUGCAAGCAAGUAAUUUCUUGUAGGUUUUUGCUCUCUGAACAGAUAAUAAAGGCUGGCUGGUAAAGACAGUUAAGUCUUUCCUGAGAGAAGCAAACUACCAAACUUGAAAAAUGUUUGAGUCUUCCCUUCUCCUUUGGAAACCAAUUCAACAACGUGAUGAUACAUGCUGUAGCUUCUCAAAAGCUGAGCCAUCAUGCUGUGUAAAAACUGAAGAGAAAAACGUUGUGUUCUCAAAGCUGAGUAGGAUAAUCUAAGUUUAAAAAAAAAAAAGAGUAUGGAAACAUAUCUCAUACCAUUACAUUGGAAGAAUGCUUGUUUGCUAGCAGACCACCUUUUCCCAGAGGCUCUGUUGCUCUUCUAGAAGUUGAUUCAGCUCUCUUUUGUAACCUUAAUUGGUUAAAGGGAAACAAUUUUUUUUAAUCUCAUUGAGAUGAUUAACACCUACGAAAUACUCCCCAGGAGGGCAGAGAUGAUAUCUAGAAUUGUUUCACAAAGUUUUGGUGGCUAAUUAUGUAAAUGCCUGCAUCCCUCCCUUUUCUUGUUUAAUUAAAAAUACCAUACAAAUAUUGACUAAUAACUUUUUACUGGCACUGUACUUUGACUAGUCAUUCACAUCCUGAAUUUGUGUGAUUGCAGUGGAUAUUAUACAGAGGUAUAAUUUAACUCCUGAAACUGGUGGUAGUGUUUUGGAGGUACGUAAGACCCAAAAGGGUAGGAAUGUAGGGUGGAAGGAAUCCUUGGGUAUGUAGUUACAGAAUUCUGUAGAAGUUCUAUUCUGGAAAUAUUCCCAUUGCUUUCAGAGAUUCCAGACAACCCGAUUUUCUAUAUUAAGCAAAUGUUAGGUAAACUUAUAAAAACUUCAUUAGCUGUUUCAAAGUUUUCACUUACAUGCGAAGACAAAGAUUGCACUUGUUGCCUUCUAAAGAAAAUUGAUUUGUCUGUGGAAUUACAUCAGUUGUCUGACUUGUUUCUACCUCGUUUUUGUGAAGAAAUGCAGUUUCAAUAUCUCUUCUUUCUGGAGGAUCAGCAGUGCUUGAAACUACCGAGCUCUGUUCAAAGUAACCAUAGCAUAGACACAUGUAGUAUGUGGUCAUUGCAUUGCAAGUACAUGACUUCCACCAGCCAGUGUUUUCUGAGUGUCUCUAACUUGGGAUUCAGAGAAAAAUAUUUUCUAAAACAUGGACUUUGAAAGCGUUUGGUGUUAUUUAUAUGAGGCCAUUUUUUUUGUGCAUUUAUGAUAAGUACAAAAUAUAACCAUACUUAGCAGUAAACUAAAUUUUCUAUACCACAAUAAUGUUUGGUCUUCUAAUAACUCCACAAUUUAUGAAUCUUGGACAAACCAAGUAAUAUUUCUUCCAAGUAAAUGUUGGGGAAUUAAUCACUAAAACAAAGACAGCUUUGCAGAAGUUCAAGUAGCUGCUUGUAUUUUUCUUAUUCUGAAAUAAAUGCUUUUGAAGCUGGAAAUAACAAUGUUCAGUGGAGAUCUGUUUUUAUACUUAGGUUUCUGUUAUUAGUGAAAUACUAUGAACUUUAAAUGUUUAAUAAAUUUUCUUUGAAGUAACAUGCUAUCUAAAAGUGUCAUGCUCUUAUUAGAGGAGAACAUACAAUAGUACAAUCACACUGAGGUUCUUGAGGCUUGCAUCAGUAAAACAGAAUAAUUGUAGUCUUUAAAUAACAAAAAUCACUGAGUUACCUCACAAAGAGGAUAUGAUGAAUGGGAAGAUUCACAGGAAGUUAGCGAAGAAGACAAGUUCCAUUUGCUGUCAUCAGUUUGUUCUUGGAUGUCUUCAAGCAGCAUACCAAGUCUAAAUAUUUCCAUUUCCACCUUUCUAAACCCAAUUGCAAUACACAGUUAACGAAACCUGUAUAAACUGUUAUUUUAUUUCUUACUAUGAUAACCAUAUUGGGCAUUGCAGUAUACUUCCCAUAGGGGAAAAAAUAAAUUAAUGGAGCCCACAACCCCCUUCUAAAAACUUGAAUUUAUCAGUUAGAUAUCCUAAUAACAACUAGGAUACAUAAAGCAAGAUGAGUUUUGGCCAAAUCACGUCUAGUUUACCACAUAUAACAUGAUCUUAAUGUUUUCACUGCAGAAAAAUUCUAUGGAUAAAGGAAGUAAUGGUUGUAAGACACUCAAAAUAUGGAAAAUAUACUGAUGUACUACUUAACAGUUAUCUUCUAACCUUUCAGGAUCAAACACUCCAAUGUUGAUAGACUUGUCCUUGUAGUUCUGCAGCUGUAAAUUACGGUGCUCUUCUCUAGCUGUUAAGUAAUUCCUUUCCAAGGUAUCAAGGUAUCCUUUCAAUUGAUUUAAUGCCUUCAUCAAUAAGAAAUGAUUCAAUAGCAAAUGACAUUAUGGUUUAGCAAGCCAUAGUGAUAGCUACUUAUGCUAUGUAAGCCAGGUGCUGUUUGCAGUGAUUUUGGUACUGCUCUGAACUGGAACAGGACUGCAUCUUGUAUCUCCACCUAGUAUUCUUUGCUGUUCUGUUAUGUACAAGUAAAAAAUUAAACCAUGACUUCUGAACUGAUACCAUACACAUUAAAAUUCAUAACUUAUGUGGCAACUUAAACUUAAUGGUUUUGAGUUGUAAUCCUUACAACAGAUUUGAGAAUUCAGCCACCUACUGAACACCUUCAUUUUUGCCUCUUAAACUCAUAAUUUCAGUCUGAGAUUGAGAAAAAGAGUAUUUUUAAAUGUCUGUCUGAGAAAAACAUGGAGUACCUUACCAGAAAAUUGAGAGUCUACAGCCAUUUAAAGUGCAUUUCAGAUAACAAAAUACUUAAUUAAUUUACCAGAUAGUUAUCUUGUAAAAGGAAUGUCUCUUGGGUCAUAUGCUUAGAGAAGUCUUCCACCUUCGAGACAAAACAGCAGACUUUUACUUGGGAUUUUUAAAAACUAAUAUGCCAAAUGAACAUAGAAUUUGAGCAUUACUGCAAAGUAUAUACUGAAACAGAGCUCUUAACUUUCUUUAUCAGUUGAUCUGCCUGAUCCCUUAGUAUUUGAGACAUCUUUUCUCCUAGUGUUAGUUCUGGAAGAAAAUUAGGAGGAUUUAGACAGUGUGCUUCUGCUGUACCAGCUGCCGGUAAUGCUGCUGCUGUUGUUCCACACUGUAAUCCUACAUAAUAAAAGAUAAGAUCAAUCAAUUGGAAUUUCUGCCCAAAAUGUCUGCCCCAAAGUGCUAUCAAAUCACAUGAAAAAGUCAUUUGCAUAAUUACUGUAAUUUUAUUUACUUGCUUUAGACAAACCGCAUGUAGAUUGUAUCGGGAUAGCAGCAUGUAAUGUAAAGACUUCAGAGGAUGUCCCACUGUCUCCUGAGCAAAUGGCAAUGCUGGCAUUUGGAAAAUCUGACGGAGGAAGUAUCUGUUAAAAUGAGAACUUUGGUUAUAGAAAGAAUGGAUAGAACACUUGUGGACAUAAACAAAAGGUUUAGAAAUAACUCAAAAUACAUAGGAUAAGUUAAUAUUAAUGAAAAGGAUAUUAAUGAAAUGUUUAUUAUAACAAUACCAUAUAAUCUUCUGUGUUUCUAGUUUGAGAUCUGUUUAGUAUGUCAUUGUAUGAAUACUUAAAUACUUCAACACUAUGUUGUGAAAAUCUGUGCUGGUUUUGGCUGAGAAGGGGUUAAUUCACUGUAGUGAAGUGUGGAGAAUUUGUAUAAAUUAUAAGUACAAUAUGAAGGUGACAAAAUAGUUUUUGGGAAUAUUCAUAGUCCUAGAGGUAAAGAAGAAUGAAUUUAAAACUAUCUAUUUUGAGAGGUUUACCUUAGGAUUCAAUCUCACAGGGUCAGUAUGAUUCUGGGUGUUAGCAUGCUGCAUCAGCAUCUUGUUUGCAGCCAGGAAAUAAUAGGGAAAAACUACCAAACUUGUUACAUCUUGAAUGAUUUACUGAGAUAUAAAUCUAGGAAUGGACUUAAGCAUCUGUAUAGCUCUGUGAGUGAACUCCAGGGCAGGGUGUGAAAUUGUGAAGCGAUUCUCUAAUUACUAACAAACUUUAGAAGAAAUUUACUACAGUAAGAGAAAUACUGUUGUCAAACACAUCUUUUUAAAAGAACUGAUUUGUCAAUAAACACCAGUAAAAAUAGCUGAAGAGUGUUGAGAUGUGAAAAAAGGCAAUAUAAGUACAGGCACAGUAUAAAAACAUAUUUUAAAGAAAAACUUCCAAUGGAAAGUAUUUUUGGUGAAUUUUAACAUUUACAUAUAUACCAGAAAUAACAAUUUAUAGUGAAUUCUUAAUGAUUUGCUAGAACACUUUAUAAUCACAAAUAAUACUCCAGAGCAUCAGUAAAUAUUUGGUAAUGAAAGUUCCAUCUAAAUUCAGUCCCACAAAAUUUUAUUUGUGAAAGCAACUGUUGGUUAAAGUAAAAUACUCACUGACACCUAUAGACCGCCUGAAUGAACUAGUCAUGCUAGAUUUUACUGAACACAGAAUAUCUUCUUACAGUAAACCACUCUACCAAGUAUUAAGAAUUUAUUAAAGCAACUUGAUUACCUCUAGCUGUUGCAACAGUUCUAGAAUGCUCACUUCUUGAUUCUCUGCUUCAGCAGAAUUGAAAUAGCUCUUGUUAUCUAGAAUGUUCUUCUCAAUCACUGAUGUACUUGGCAAAAUAGGGGAGGAUUUUGCUGUUUCCGUUGUAGGAACUGAGGUAAUAUUGUCACUCCUUUCUGGUACUUUAACUUCUGAAGCAACUUUAGAGAAGUCAGCAAGGCAAUAGUGAGCUUGACCUUGGCCAUAUUUGAGUGCAUGAGGCAAAACUGAUUUCUUAAACAGGGUGCUCUCUUCUUUCAUGUUUUUAAGGAUGUGUGUAUCUUCACUCUCAUUAAUCAACUGUGAAUUUUCUUGUCUGCACCCACACUUAUCAGUAGAAGGAAUAAGUUUAUUUGAAACACAUCUAUUUUCAUUUAGCAAACUUUGAUUUAUAUCACCAGUGAUUACUUCCUCAUGUUUUUCUAGCCGAUAUUCUUCACAGUUAGUUGCCCACUGUUCAUGUGCUAAAGGGCCUUUGACAUGUUCUGAAGGCUCAGGUUUGUUCACAGUGUCAUUGAUACUUUCAGUAAAGGAUACCUCUGGUAUCGUCUCACAUUCAAUUAACUGGCAUGUACUUAUUAACUCUCCCUUAGAAAAAUGACGCAAAAGGACAUCAGACAUUUUUGAAUUAGUUAGAUGUUCUUUGCUACCUGGUUUGCUAAAACUACCAACAGGUAAUUCCUCCUUAAAGGAAGCUUCACUGCCAGGCAUUUCAACUGAAAUUCUUGUUGUUCCUAUGGGAUCUCUACAGUGACUGGAGAAUUCUUCAGGCUGUGGAUGAGUGUCAUAUCUUGCUGUUGCUUUUAUGCUUUUGUUAUCUUCAGAACAGGCUAAGUUUAAAGUGCCAGAAAUAUCUUUUGUACGAGUACAGUAAUCAAAAUUAUCUGAAGAAUUAUUGUAUUUACAGGUUAUUCCUACAUCUCCACCAUAAGGUGAGUUAUCUUGUUCCUCAUCCAUUGCAUCUGUGAUACAGCCUGAUUCAUCUGAAAAUGAGUUAUUCGUUUGGGUUUUCAUCCAGUCUGACAGUUUGUACUUUUUCAUAGUCUCCAUAUCUGGUUUACGUUGAAUAUGAUGCCAUUGCUUCUCCGAUUUUGGACAGAGCUUUUAAUAUUGCACGGAUCAAAAUCUGUAAUGUAUGAGUAGUAAUUAUUUUAAACACAUUUGAUAAUAAGACCUGCUUAUGUCUUGUA